CUUCAGUCAAGCACCAAGUAUCGCAAAAAUGAACUGUUUGAGCGCCGUUGUCCUCCUCGUAGCCGUGGCUGCCGCCAACGCCGGCAUUGUUGCCCCCGUUGACAGCGCUGCUGUGCUCUCCGGUCCCUCUGGAACCGUGGUCCGAUCUGGUCUCGCCCAUGCUCCCUUCGCCUACCAUGGACUCCACCACGCUUACGCCGCCCCCAUCGCCCACCAUGGCAUCGUCGCCGGAGCUCCCCUCGCCUACGCCGCCGUCCCCGCCGGUCAUGGACUCGAAGGACAAUGGAUCCCAGACAUCAACGAGAAAUUCUACGAUGAUGGUUCCUACAAACCCCACAUCUACGGAUUCUAAAGAGGCUGAACCUGCUGUGUACCUUUCCACUCUUCAAAUGUUUUACAAUAAAAUUUUGUGAUUACAAUAGAAAAAUAAAUAAUUUAUUUUCUACAA